AUGGCUGAGAACACCAGCCUGGCCAGCAAGUCUGCCCUGCAGACUGCCUUCUCUUCUCCCCAAUCUCUCCCUUCCCUUCUCGUUUCCGCUUCUUCCCACAACUCGUCCCCUUUCCCCACACCCCGUCCCUCGCAGACUUCUCAGGCGGUCUCUGCCGGUGGCGGCGGCGGCGGCGGUGGGAUGAGGCUGGAGGCCGUCAUGGAGAACCUGCAGCGGCAGCAAGCGGCGCGUCUCGCCCUGGAGGAGAAGAUGAGGCAGGAGAAGGACCGGGAGCUGCGCUCUAUGGUGGAGUCACGGAUCCAGCAGCAGGCGCUCGCCAUACGGCAGUACCAGGCCGCGGUGAGGGCGGCGGCGGCCGCGGUGGCCACUUCUCCCUCAAGUUCAGCCACCGCUGGGACAACCGUAACCGGCCCCGGAGUGACCCAGCUCCGGCCCCCUCUUAUAUUCCAACGGACAGCCCUUCAGAGAUCGGAGGAGGACGAGACAAGAAACAGGAGCGAGGGGGACGAGGGGGACGAUUACGACGAUGAGGAGAUGGAUGAUGAGGAAGGCGAGGAGGACGAUGGCGAGAUGUCCUCAGGCUUACAGCAGCCCGGUUCUCCUCGAGACGGGGCGCCUAGGGUCGGUCCCCCCCAAAUCCCGAUGAACUGCCCCCCGGGCCAGUCACAAACUGUCUCGCCCAAUGAGAACCCGGGGCAUCACGAAUGGACCUACGAGGAACAGUUUAAGCAGCUUUACGAGCUCGACGAUGACCCCAAACGCAAGGAGUUCCUGGACGAUCUCUUCAGCUUCAUGCAGAAGAGGGGGACGCCGGUGAACCGAAUCCCCAUCAUGGCCAAGCAGGUCCUGGACCUUUACACGCUGUACCGGCUGGUGACGGAGAAGGGCGGCCUGGUGGAGGUGAUCAACAAGAAGAUCUGGCGGGAAAUCACCAAAGGCCUCAGUCUUCCCACGUCCAUAACCAGCGCGGCCUUCACGCUCCGCACGCAAUAUAUGAAGUAUCUCUACCCCUACGAGUGUGAAAAGCGGGGUCUCAGCUCCCCCGGAGAGCUCCAGGCCGCCAUCGACAGCAACCGGCGGGAAGGCAGGAGGCAGAGCUUUGGCUCCGGGCUCUUCAGUUACUCCCCGGUGGGGACCCCGAGCGCCCUGACGUCCCCCAAAAUCAACAUGGCCUCCCUCUCAGCCUCAACACACAACGGGGGGCAGAUCAGCCACAUCCUCGCCAUCAAGAAGGAAGACGGUCUCCGGCCGGCCCCCGGCCCGCACAGGAUAGGCGUCCCGCUGAGUCUCCCCGGCCCCCACGCUGUGCAGGCCAUGCAGGCCGCGGCCCUGGAGCAGCUUCGGGAAAAGCUGGAGUCCGGCGAGCCUCCGGAGAAGAAGAUGGCGCUGAUGGCGGAGGAGCAGCAACGGCUCAUGCAACAUGCGCUGCAGCAGAACCUGCUCACCAUGGCUGCCCAGCUGCCCAUGAACAUCAAGAUCAACGGCCGAGAUGACAGAUCAGACGCCGCGAUGAGCCUGUCAGCCACCGACAUCAGCAGCAUCAACAUGUCCAUCGAGAUUAAUGGAGUCGUCUACGCAGGCGUUCUGGUCGCUCGCAGACCCACCGGAUCCAGCAGCAACCCGGGCCGGUCCACUCCGCCCCCGCCACCGAACCAGCAGCUCCCCUCAUCACCGCGAGCGCACACUCCCCCCAGCUCCUCCCCGUGAACAUGCGCG